GGAACUUCAAAGCAAGCGUUUUGGGACAAACGAUUGUCAGACCUUUGCAGGGGAAUUGCCAUUGAUCUGCCCAUCAACUACCAUGCCUAUCGUCGACUCUGGAAGCGUUGGGGAGUUCUCCGCUGCGGAGAAGUCCCUCAUCGUCAGCGCCUGGGCCCCCGUGUACGCCAAGUACGAGGAGGCCGGCGUGGACAUCCUGGUGAAGUUCUUCAGUGACAACCCCGGCGUGCAGGACUUCUUCCCCAAGUUCAAGGGGCUCGACUCGGCCGACCAGCUCAAGAAGUCUCCCGCCGUGCGCUGGCACGCCGAGAGGAUCAUCAACGCCGUCAACGACGCCGUCGUGGCCUUAGACGACCCCGCGAAGCUGAGCUUGAAGCUCAAGGCCCUGAGCAAGAAGCACGCCCAGGAGUUAAACGUGGACCCCCAGUACUUCAAGGUUCUGGCUGGAGUCAUUUCCGACGCAGUUGCCAAGAGUGGCGAUGAGAAGGCUGCUGUUGAUAAGUUCCUGAGCCAGGUGGUGAUCCUGCUCAAGUUUGCCUAUUAAACGGCAGCGGAACCCAAAUAGUUUUCAACCUCCCUUCCUAUACGACCUUGGCUUUUUUUUCCCCCCUCCGAAAAGUUGCUAAAGAUAAGCUUCUGCAAUUGCCGUUCAGAGCGUUUCCACGAUGUGUUGUAACUAAAGCGCGUUGUGCGUGAAACAUGAAAUAAAAACAUUUCCCUCCGAUCAGUA